GGAUUAAUAGCAGUCACAAAGAGAAGAGCACAUACACAGGCGGUAAUAACUCACGGGUACAAAGCGUAUUUGACAGUAAAUCACAGUCUACACACUAAAUACAGAUUUAGUCAAAUAGAUUAAGAUGAAGAUGCUGGCAUUGCUCUCACUGAGCAUAGCAGUGGCUCUGGGAAUGCCACCAUUUGCUCCAGGUGUGGCACAAAACCCUGUGUUGACUAAAGAAGACCAGAGCCCUCUGCUGGGGGACUUUGUUCCUGUGCAGGGUCAUGUGGUGGUGGAAAAUCCUGCACCACAAGUUAGGCUGGGCUCCGAGGAGAAACAGGAAAAAUUGGCUCCGGUGCCACUGGACAUGGAGCAGAGUAUGGUGGAAUUAGAGGUCAAAGUGAAGCCACAAGUUGGAGAGGAGCAAGAGGGUGAAGUAAAGACAAAGGCUAAGAAGGAGCCAGAAGUAAAACCAGAGACACAGCCAGAAGUUAAGGUGGAGCAGGAGCUAAAAGCAGAGCCAGAGGUUAAAGCAGAGCCAGAAGUUAAGGUGGAGCAGGAGCUAAAAGCAGAGCCAGAGGUUAAAGCAGAGCCAGAAGUUAAGGUGGAGCAGGAGCUAAAAGCAGAGCCAGAGGUUAAAGCAGAGCCAGAAGUUAAGGUGGAGCAGGAGCUAAAAGCAGGGCCAGAGGUUAAAGCAGAGCCAGAAGUUAAGGUGGAUCUGGAGGCUGAUGUGGCACCAGAAGAAAAUCUGAAUCCAGAGGUUAUGGCUGAAUUAAAGGUUGAUGAGAAGCCAAAAGUUGAGAUGGAGCCAGAGCUCAAAGAUGACCCAGCCUUUAAGGUGGAAUCGGAGGUUGAGGUGGAGCCAGAUGUUCAAGAAGAGUUUCAGGUGCAAAUGAACCUCGAGGCAGAGACUAAAACAGGCCGGGAGAUCGAAGAGAGGCACAUUGACAUGGAGGGAAAAUAUGAAAUGGUGGACGAACCGAUAAUGGAGUUGGAGCCACUGGAUGACGACAACAACAUGUCUGUAGAUGAACUGAGCAACACAGAGCUGUCCGAAGUGGAAAAGUCUUUAAGGGCAGCAUUUCAGAAUCAAGAUCUUGUCAAUCAACCUAUACCAGAGCAGGAUAAGGGACUUAUUAGGGAGAGGAGCUAUGUUUUAGAUGAAGAACCAAUCAUGGAGCUGGAAACCCCAAAAGAUGAGGUGGAGCAGGAUGUAAAUGAGAUGGAGCCAGAGCUCGAAGAUGACCCAGACUUUAAGGUGGAAUCAGAGGUUAAGGUGGAGCCAGAUGUUCAAGAGGAGUUUCAGGUGCAAAUGAACUACAGGGCAGAAACUGAAACAGAUGAGAUCGAAGAGAGGCACAUUGACAUGGAGGGAAAAUAUGAAAUGGUGGGCGAACCAAUCAUGGAGUUGGAGCCACUGGAUGAUGACAACAUGGAGCUGUCAGAAGUGGAAAAGUCUUUAAGGGCGGAAUUUCAGAAUCAAAAUCCUGACAAUCACCCUCUGCCAGAAGAGAGAGGGUUGCUUAUGAGUGAGAUGCAUUCAGAUGGAGAACCGAUCAUGGAGCUAGUGCCACUGGAUGACGACAACAUGUCUGAAAAAGAACUGAGCAACACAGAGCUGUCAGAAGUAGAAAAGUCUUUGAGGGCGGCAUUUCAGAAUCAAGAGGAUGGAGAACCAAUAAUGGAGCUGGAGCCUGAAGAGGGUGAGGCCCUCUUACAUCAACAGGUCAUGCCAGAUGCUGCUAUCAUGGAAGAAGGGCCAGCAUUGGACAUUAUGGGGCAGCCGAUAUUAGCUUUAGAGGAGUAUUUCCCAAAUGAAGAGGCUAGGGUGGGCAUGGAGCCUGGCAAAGAGCAAGACAAUCGCAUGAUGGAGGGGUCACACUAUUUGAUGAUGGAGGAACCAGGCAGUGAGUCUGUCAGGGAGGAGGAGCUGUCUUCAAUGGCGCUCUUUGAGGAUCCAGCAAUGGAAGAGGGUCCUAUGCUUGAUGGAGGAGUUCAGAUUGGUGUGGCGCCUGUAAGAGGAAGGGCUUUGAUGAGGCAGAGAGCUGAAAACCCUGAAGAAAGAAGAUUAUCACCAAAACAAAACAAGCAAGGGGAGAGCCGUUGUUCUGGUGUGGUGCUUCAGGGGAAGUGUUACCAGUUCUUCAAAGGGCCAAAGAGGGCUGCAGAUGCUGAGCUCUUUUGCCAGGAACAUUUCCCUGGUGGCCACCUGGCUUCCAUCACGAGCCAACACAUUCACAGAGAGGUCAUGAACAUGAUGCUACGGCAAAACGGGGCACAUACACGCACCUGGAUUGGAGGACUACGAUAUUUGAAGACCGGUCGCUUUAUCUGGUUGGAUGGAUCCCACUGGGGCUAUGCUGAUUGGCUGUCAGGGGAGCCCAAUAACACAGCAGAUGUGGAGGAAUGUGUGGAGGUGCUAGCACAUGGAAAUGGAAAGUUCAAUGAUUUCACAUGCUGGGAACCUCAGGCUUUCAUCUGUUCCUACUCUUAUUAGUGAAUGUAAAGAGAGCUCCUUUUCUAUCUGUGUGUGAUUUGAUGCAGAGUUUCUUACUUUUUCUUUAAGUUUAAAAUCACAUCUUGGAAAGCAAAUGGCCUGACUUAAAGGACCAUAACAUAAUUUAUUGAAUACUACUGGAAAAUCAGGACUUCUAAGCAUGUUGUACAUAAUAUUCCAAUAUGGCUUUAUUUGUUUUUGAUAAUAAGCUAAUAUCCUGUAAAUAAAAAAAGUUGAUAUUUUA